UUUGUCUUUCCCACUCGGAGUUAACUGGUCAGUCUGUCCCUCAUUCUCUUUAUCUCCAGUAUCCUCCCAGUGACCUUAUCUGGUGGGUGUGUGUAAAAUCUUUGGAUUUGUCCUGGUCAUUGGUUUGAAGAAAUGUGCAGAGACCUUGAUUUUUAUAUACUUUGGGAGUCUAUAAAAUGGAUUUGUGGAAUGACAAUCAAAUCUCCCAACCCCUGCUGUCUUUUGCCUUCUGCCAACUGCAAUGCUGAGAACCAGAUUUUCUGGAGUCUGUGGUUUUCUGUAUCUUUAAGAGGUUUUAUAAAGAUUUCUUCCUUUUGAAAUGUUUGUCCUGUGCAGUGGCAAAAGGGUUAUUGUUUUGUUUGGAAGGGCUGGAAAUUUACAUAAGGAGAGGAAAAAAAAAAAAAAAACACAAACUCAACAAACUCAAAUUCUCUGCUGGGAAUACCUGCUGUGUUCCUCUGAAAAACUCAGCUGUGAGCAGUUAUAAGAUUCCAUCUGUAGUACGAGUUUCUUCUCCUUUACCCCUUCUUCUCCCCUCUCUACAGUUCAAUAUGGUUUAGGUUUCCUUCCUAAUCAGUCUAUUGCAGAUAAAAAAGAAAAUGUGUGGAGGAGAGAGAAAAGGUCGCUAGAAAUAAUUUCUUUGUAAGUUACAUAACCUUCCCUCAAUGUAUUUAGGAAUAUGUAUCUGCCUUUCAGGCAUAACCAACCAUCUUCCUUUAAAGCAGCAGUCAAGGAGAUUUUGCACUAAGAUAUUGGAUUGUGAAAUGUAGCAGCAUGGACACGUCUCCCUCUGUUUCCCCCUUCCAUGGGCAGUGCCUUCAGACAGAAGGCCAGAUAUGUCUGGGAAUGGCAUCAUCAUCAUCCUCAGCCACUGCAGCAAAGCCUCCAGAUGGUUGGGGCAUGCAGUUGAGGGCUUGGUGUGGAGCAUCUCCCAAGGAGACCUGGUAAUCUUUGAAAUACCAGCACAUUCUCAGGUUAAAGACAUUCUGAGUGUGUGUUACACAGCCACAGCUGUGAUUCAAGCAGUUGGGAUGGAGACUGAAUAAAUAGCCUGAGUAAUAUUUCUGUUUGAGUCAGGGCAGAUUUGUCAGGGGCUUCAGCAAGAUUUCUUCACCAACCUUUUAUCACUUUAAUUUCCCUGCUGUGCCCUUGUCCAGCAAAACUAAUUAAGGCAAAAUGUGGCUAAAUUAGCUUUGAAAGCAGAGGGUUUUUUUCUUUAAAACUGAAAGUAAUUAUGAAAUCAUAUUUUAACUAUCUGCUCCCCAAUAUUUUAAGGUGUGAUAUGUUGACACCUCAUUCCAAGUAUUUUUUUAUUUCCCUGCUUUUGUUUUUAAGUGGCUAUGCUUAUUUGGUGCUUUUUCUAUACACUUGACCUGCUAUUAAAAAAAUUUGAUCAAAAUUUAAGUUCUGAGUAAACUAAUGACUAAAAAAUAGACUUAUUUCCUAUUUAAAUGGUUUGGUUGGCAUAGCUUGUAUCCUGUUUAUUUCAGAAAGUAUUUGUGAAUAAAUUGGACUGUUCGCAUCUCAAGGAGUGAGUUUUGCCUGAGACUCUUCUAAAUCAUUCAGACCCUUUCAUUUAAUGCUUUGAAAUAUUGAUUAAAUAUAUUCACUCUGGCUUGCUUUAAUCUGAUUACACAUCUAGAAGUUUUCUUCUGAUGUGGCGCAGCCAUAUCUGGUGUAAGCUGGCUUAAUUAGCACUGCUUAGUGAUUUGGGACCCCUGUCAAAGGCUGUUAUGUUAUCUGGAAACAGAAGGAGUUAAAGCUAAAGCUGUGACCUCAUCCCUGUUCAUGUUACACUGGAGUAGAAGCCGCGCUGAAAGGGAUCCUUUGGCUGCAUCGCUGUCCGUGCUGCUGCUCGAUUCUUUAAUUCGGUUCUGAUAUCUGUGGCACACUCGCCGAGCAGCUCUUACAGGAGGGAUUUGUGGGAAUGCUACAGGCAAAGGAAGCUGUGCUAAUACCGAAUGCCCGUGGAAAUAGCUCCCACGGCAACAGACUCAGAUCUUUCUACCUGAUUUCAACUUCUUAGUGCUUCGCCUGUGAAAAUUGAAGCGGCACCGAGGAGAGCUCACACAGCCAGCAGAGAAGCGCUCACCCAGCCGCGUGUGCCAUCGAUUCCAUCCCAUCCUCGCCGCCGGCUGCGGGGGAGCUGCGGGAGCGCUGCUGUGGCUUUAACGUGGGAGCGGCACAGGCUACAAUAGGUGUCACUGUGUGCGAGCCCAAUCGCGCUCGGUGGCUGCAGCCAUUGGCUCCGCGCUGCCGGCUCCGGCCGCACGGCUGCCGGUCCCGCUCCGCUCCCAGCCCUGCCCGCACAACUUGGGCUCGCCGGCAGCCUGGCACUGCCACCGUGCGCUCCUCCUGCCCUCUGCCCCGGCUGUAGCGCUGCCAGGCGGUUCCUGAUCGGGAAGGCUGGAAGGAAUGAUGGGGAUGUAUUUAACGGUUCAAGUACUGGAUCAAACUUAAACUCAGUUUCUUACUCUGGGUGCUGGAAAGGUCACCUUGUCUUGCUGGAAAAGAAGCAGACUCUCAGCUCUGCUGCUUUUGGUGUUACAGCUUCCACAUAGAUUCCUAAAUGUUCCUAGCUAGUUAGGCUGUCGGUCUUUACUCACGGGUAUACUGAUGGUAGAUGAGAAAGGAAAGAACAUGAAAUGUCUCACCUUCUUCUUGAUGCUUCCAGAGACGGUCAAGAACAGGUCUAAGAAGAGCUCUAAGAAAGGAAAUAGCAGCACCAGUAGCAACAGCAAAUUGCCUCCAGUUUGCUAUGAAAUCAUUACCUUGAAGACCAAAAAGAAGAAGAAGAUGGCUGCUGAUAUUUUUCCCCGAAAGAAACCUGCUAAUACUAAUACAACUGCUGUCCAGCAGUACCAUCAGCAAAAUCUCAAUAACAACAACACUAUUCCUGCACCUAAUUGGCAAGGACUUUAUCCAACCAUCAGAGAGAGAAAUGCAGUGAUGUUCAACAAUGACUUGAUGGCAGAUGUUCAUUUUGUGGUCGGGCCACCAGGUGGGACCCAGCGGCUGCCAGGACACAAAUAUGUCCUGGCUGUUGGGAGCUCUGUAUUCCAUGCAAUGUUUUACGGAGAGCUUGCUGAGGACAAAGAUGAAAUCCGUAUACCAGAUGUUGAGCCUGCUGCUUUUCUUGCAAUGCUGAAGUACAUCUAUUGUGAUGAGAUCGAUUUGGCCGCAGACACUGUCCUGGCCACUCUUUAUGCUGCCAAGAAGUACAUUGUCCCUCAUCUGGCCCGUGCCUGCGUUAACUUUCUCGAGACAAGUCUGAGUGCAAAGAAUGCCUGCGUGCUGCUCUCCCAGAGCUGCUUAUUCGAGGAACCUGACCUGACCCAGCGCUGCUGGGAAGUGAUUGAUGCCCAAGCUGAGCUCGCUUUGAAGUCUGAGGGCUUCUGUGACAUUGAUUUUCAGACACUUGAAAGCAUUCUCCGAAGGGAGACUCUGAAUGCCAAAGAAAUUGUUGUUUUCGAGGCAGCUCUGAACUGGGCUGAAGUGGAGUGCCAGCGCCAAGAGCUGACGGCCACCAUAGAGAACAAGCGCAAGGUGCUGGGCAAGGCUCUCUACCUGAUCCGCAUCCCCACCAUGGCCCUCGACGACUUCGCCAACGGCGCCGCCCAGUCCGGGAUCCUGACUCUGAAUGAAACCAACGACAUCUUCCUCUGGUACACGGCUGCCAAGAAGCCGGAGCUGCAGUUUGUCAGCAAGCCCCGCAAAGGCCUCGUCCCUCAGCGCUGCCACCGCUUCCAGUCCUGCGCUUACCGCAGCAACCAGUGGCGCUACCGGGGCCGCUGUGACAGCAUCCAGUUUGCUGUUGAUAAGAGAGUGUUUAUUGCUGGCUUUGGGCUCUAUGGCUCCAGCUGUGGGUCAGCAGAGUACAGUGCUAAGAUUGAACUGAAGCGACAAGGAGUUAUCCUGGGCCAGAACUUGAGUAAAUAUUUCUCGGAUGGUUCUAGUAACACUUUUCCCGUGUGGUUUGAGUAUCCAGUGCAGAUUGAGCCCGACACCUUUUACACAGCCAGUGUGAUACUGGAUGGUAACGAACUCAGCUAUUUUGGACAAGAAGGAAUGACAGAAGUUCAGUGUGGGAAGGUGACUGUUCAGUUUCAGUGCUCCUCGGACAGUACAAAUGGCACAGGGGUACAGGGAGGACAAAUUCCCGAACUCAUAUUUUACGCUUGAAUGGGAGUGUGUGGAUACAAAGCAUUUUGCUGUCAAGAACCUGUCUGGUUCAGGCCUACUGAUUCUUAGCUUUUUAUCUGCAGAUAUGUGAUCAGUACAGGGAAUAUGUAACUAAAUGCUGUGGGCAAGUUCCUGGCUUGCUGUACUUUGUAGCAUCAUUGGUGAUUAAGUGUAAUAUGUAAACUGGAAGCUCUUAGAAACAAGCAAGUUUUAAAGGCUUUGUAAGGGGGGGUGCCUGUUUGCUGGUGAUGCUGACCCUUUCUUUGAUGCACCAGUGAAUCACCUCUCCCUCCUGAAUCUCACUAAACACUGUCUUCAUUGAUCCAUUUUUUCUUUCUCCAUUUUCUGCUUUCUGCUUGUAUUGGGAGGUAGGAAUAGAAAACAAAGUCUUGUUUUAUAGCUCUCUCUGCUGUCUGCUCUGCAGACUUUGGAGAUUCUGGUAAACCAAGCUGCUUUUGACCAUGGGGGCUGGAAGAAAUCCUUCAGUUUUAAGCAGAAAAAUCACAAGUUUAAACCUUCAUCCUGUUAGAUUCUCAUGUAGCCAGCUGUUUGGGAUGGCUCCAGGGGGAGAUGGGAAGAAGGAAGCAUCUUUCAGGAAACUCCACGGCGUACCGGCCAUAUCCCCAGUGCAUAGACAUGUUCACAGUGAGGAAGGGAUGUGGGCUUGGCAAGUUACCCUUGGAGUUCAUUUUCUAGGAAUCCCACCUUGCAGGCAAGGAAGUACUUGCAUGUGUUCAGAUUGUGCAUGCAGCUCUUGAAACUCUACUCCCAUGACCCAGGUUUUGCUACAUUGGAGUUCAUCUGCUCUUUAAAUGGCAUUUCUUUGAACCCUUGCUAAAUAAAUGGGAAUUUAUACCAAUCAUCUGAUGCAGGAUAAUUUUUUGUUUUUUCUGGGUGGGUUUUUUUCUUCUUCCUAAACAUGGUAGAGGCAGAUUUUAGAGGAACAAAAGAAUGUAUCAAUCUUGACUUGGAUUUUUUUCUGUAAUAUGAGAUUUUUUUUUUCUUUUUAUUACCAGUUGAAAUUUAGACAAAGACAGAAGGUUUCCAACUGUGGUCAUGUUACCCUUGGUGUAUACCAUCUGAUAUCAGUGAAGGGGAGGAAGUCUCCCCUAUUGGGUUAUUGUUGGAGCUCUUGCAAUUGCUUAUGGCUGCACAUCAAUCAGAGGAUUAUGUGGUCUGGAACCUUUUCCUUGCCUGGGUUUUUUCUCCCAGGAAGUUACUUGUCCGUAUCAUUUUUGCAAAAGUUUGAGGGAUACUCCUUGUAUCAGGGGAAGAAACCAGUAUAAAUAAGAACUACAGGUACUAUAGAAACAUGAGAACAUCCUUCCUCACUGCACUGGGACAGGUGUUCCUCAAAGGCUGCACUGCCCAUUGUAAAGCAUCCUGCUUCACCUCUGAAAUGGGUUCUGUUUGUUGUGUACCUUUUACAAAAUGAGAGGACCAAAUGAUUCUUUAGACCUGCUGAAGAUUAAUGUUACAGUAUAUCCACACAUUAAUGUAGCAUAACCCUAAAUUCACCUGUCAGUUCUAUAAUAAAAAUUUUCUCAUCUUAUUUUACCAGUUUAAUGCUGUUACUCUGAGUGUUGCUUGAUGGCUGGAAUCCUGGCCCAUGGCCAUUGGAAAGUGCCAAAAUACAUCUUUGCAGUGUCCAAAAUACCAUCUGAAGUAAGGAGAAAUGGAGUGUAGUCAAAGCCCAGAUCUUCUCUCUAGGUAAUAAAAGGAGAGCCAGGUAAAAAAAAGUACUCCACAGGAUUUAUGCCUUUUAUCCAUCUUAACGUUUAAUGUUUUGUAUACAUGCAUAUAUGUGUGUGUAGGCAGCUCUCUUUCUGAAAUGUAAAUACCCUCAAAAUACAUAGAAAAAUGUUUUGUUUUUUGUAACAGAUGUACAUAAUCCAGACUGUUUGUGAAAUCUAAACAGAAUGCUCCAUGGAAAACUCCCAGGGAGAGAUUUAUAAAAACCUCCAGUUACUUAUAUUUAGAUCUACAACUGAAAAUAGACAAGAGUAUAAAUGGUAUGGAGUGGAGAAAGAGUUGCUGAAGAGAUCAUAGAACGGAAUCUGAGAUUGUGAUGAGGUAACGGUCAUCUACUUUAAGACAACAUCUGAGCAGCAGUUCCAUUUAUUUAGAUACAUUUCAGAGCAGAGAAAGAUGCUAAUCAGCUGAUUUAAUUUUUGUACAGCAAGUGGCUGAUGCAGAUGUAAUUACUCCGAGUGAUAAGCAGAUUGACAGGUUGUCUUAGCGAGAUGCAUUUCCAUUUGUUUGGUAAAAAAAAAUAUGUGCCACAGGGCCAAGUCAGAGAGCACUGCAUUGCUUUAACUAGUCCUGGGUUCUCACCUUGAAUUUAUUAUUUGUUUUGACUUACCUGCUAAUAAAGGUGACAUAUCUGCUAUGUUCACUGGCUGGAAGAGAAGUUCAGACAUCAGAACACUCUGUAGCUGUAAUGUGUAGAAAAUGAGCUGUUAUUUAAUUAUUGUUCUUAUUUGAUUCUUUUAUGAAGUCUUUUUGACGAAGUAGGAUGAAAGCAACCUCUAGCUUAAUUCCUCUGAGUCCAUUCUGGAUUUUGGGAGCUGGUGCAGGGAAAGGUUUCAAGUGUGGGUGAUCAGACAAAGGCACCCAAAACACCAUUUGAUGCUCACAGCAUAACUUGCUUCUGAGCACUUUGUGAUGCUAACAAGUACUGGGAUGUAAGAAGGUCACCAGUGCCACUCACCUUGGGACAUCAGGGCACUUCAAUAGGUGUCUGACUGUGGAUUUGGUUGGUUUAGCAGAAGCACCCAAGCUUGAGUAUAUUGACUGACAUCUAGCAAGCAUCAGCCAUAUCAGCCUGGAAUGUAAACCUGAUCUUGACAGAGAUCACCUGGCAGAUUCUGUCUAAACUGUUCCUGGCUCUUGCUACUUGUAUCUUUGAUUUGCUGGUGAGAGGAAUCAGUGAUAAGAGAGUAUAAUGUAAUAUACUUUCUGCAUAUCUAAAAUAGUAUUUAAGUAAACACUUUAAUUUCUACAUUCUUAUUGCACUGAACUGUUUUGGGUUUUGUUUUUUGUUGUGAUAAACUCGGCUCACUGCAGGUCCCAGCACCCAUUUGUGCUGAAGCAGUGUUUGACCUUAGCAGGCUUACAGCAUUAUUUAUAAAGGACAGAUAUAUAUAAAUAUAUAAAGUACCUCAUGUUGAAUGUUAUUGUACUGUAUCUUUAAUGUCACAGUGCAGAUCUUGGUGGACUCAUGAAUGUGUAUAAUCACGUUAAACAUAAAAAUAAAAAUGAUUCUUAAAUGGU